GAAUGUGUCGGCCAUGUUUAAAGGUAACAGGCAGGCGCAUCGGCAGAUACCAGGUCGCCGUGAUGGGUAUGGAAAGUCGGCAUCGUCAGCAAGAAAAUCAAAGAAACACAAGGAGAGCACCUUAUAUAUGACAACAUGGACGAGUAUCUUACUGCGUUAGAAAACCUCGUCUGUGCUUAGCUGCUGAUUAACCGUUUCCGCGUCGUGCCUGAUCGUGGAUAACUCGUGCGUGCGGAGGGACCUGCCCAAAAAUCGAUAUGUCCACCGCGUACUCGGACGAAGGAUCUUUGCCGGACAGCAGUGAUCAAGAUGACCGGGAACCACUCGAUCAACGUGUCCAGUUCGAACUGGAACGCCUGAACACGGCUACCGAGCUUAUAAACAAGCUGGAAAUCGAACUUGAUGAAGCAAGAUCCAAUUUUCGCCUGCUUCUGUCAGAGUCAUCGCAGAAAAUUAACCAACUUGCCAAAAAGCUGGGAAGCCAUGUGGAAAAAGCGCGGCCUUAUUACGAGGCUAGGAUGAAAGCGAAGGAGCUUGAAGAUGCAGCACGCAAGGCUUCUCUGCGGCACGAACGGGCGACGUUGGCCCAUUGCACUGCUCGACAGAUGGUGGCACUGGCGGAGGAAGGCUUGCGGCGCCAGGGGGCUCAGGGUUCUCUGGACCCGAUGUUUCAAGAAAUGCUCAACCAGGCUACUGUCCGGGUGAACGAGGCCGAACGUGAGCGGGUGUUGAGCCGGGCUGAGCAGGGUCGACUGUGGCACGCCUGCAAAGGCCAGCAACAAACAGUGCUUGAUCUACACCAUGCUAUCAAGAAGUCAAUUGUCAAGGCCAGUCUGUCAGCACGCAGAAGUUUGCUGCAACUUAACAAUUUAGCAAACCAGCAUGAACUUCAGUUGCUGCCAUACUUUGAGAUGAAGGCUCAGCUAAAUGAAGCUCUUGAGGAGCAAAAGAAGCGCGUCUUCCACAUGGAAGAGGACGUCAUGAGGGUCAAGUUCUCGUACACUGAGGCCCUGCACAACUUGGAGCAAAUCAGCGACCAGAUGCAUCAGAACCGCCUGCUGAUGCCAAACAGCAGCAGUAGCGGUAGCAGUCUGCUUAGCAGCGAUGACUGCUGCGGCCGUGGUAGCAGCGACGACGGCUUUGCUCAUGCACUGGGUGAUGGGUUUCCGCAGCGGCUAGUGAAAUCCUCUAGCCUAUCUAGCUCGGAGAUGUUAAAGAUAUACGAAGAUAUCUGCUGUGAAGAGACGUAUAGGAAAUUGCCCGAGCCUCGAAGAAUUCAAAGGCAUCCGGCGGGCAUCCGUAGAACCAUUUCUGAGGGAGGCCGUCAACCUCACAUGAGGUGCCCAUCACCACCACCACCAACUAGUCAGCACAGAGGACUUGUUUCAUCGCUUGUUGACCAAGUGUUCACGGGCAAGACUCCUCAAAUGCAAGUCGGAGAGGAGAAGUGUGCAAAGGUUCCACAGCAUGCCGUGCCGACGUUAAAGCAGCUGGUUGCCACAGUGAUAGACCGGAUGUUCCCAGACACCACACAGUGCAAUGGCAAUGAAGAAAUCGUGCUUGAUCUAGCUACAGCAGCUUCAAACAACAACGGUGCCCCUGGUGUUCCCCUCGCCACACUCGAAGACCUUUUCACCAGUCGUUGCACUGGACAUCGAGGCAUCGUUGGCGAAAGCAGCGCGAAGGCUCACUCUGGACGGCACUUCCCAGCGGCUGCAGACAGUCGAGGAAGGCUCCGACACUGACAGCCUCCUAAGCACAGGCACUGGAGGCACUCUUGAUGACCGGCAGAUUGACUGCCUUUUGCUAGACCGCGUGCUCGAACAAGACUACCAGGAGGUGCUGAACUCAUGCAGGGACUCAUCGAACUUGUAGGGAUGCCCAUCUAAAGAUGGGCCGAUGAAUGUUGCUAUUUAUGUACGUUAAAGUGGGAGGUUUAGCAAUGGCGUUGUGUGUGGUGAACAAUGCGCGAGAGUGAUGCGAUGUGUGGAUGCUGCUAAGUCUGUGUUGCCACCUUUUGUGCAGCAUACCGGUGAAAGUCCUUGCAACUACCGUCAGGCACAUUAUUUCAGUACAACGUGUUGGCCGCCUUCUUGUGUCCGACCUUACGCUCCGAGUGCACCGAUCUGUCCGGGAAUUGUAGAGCUGCUUUACACCACAUUACCUAGAGAGAAAAGUAGCAUUGCAGUGCUGUUGCUUGCAGGGACAUGUCGGCAAGCAGUGGCUUCAGAUUGACUUCUUUCUCAAAUAGUGCAAACAGAUUGAAUGCUAAGCAAGCCAAACGUUAUUCAUGUAGCGACUCUUGCUCUGCCUUUACAAUGAU